CAAAUAGUUACGGUGUAUAUGUAAUUUAUUGACAUAAAAAUUAAAAUGUAGUUUAUUUAUUAAUUCAUCAAAGAAAAAGUCAAAAUAAUUUGCAAAACCUACAUUGUCACAAUUACAUAUAAAAUAGUAUUAUGUUGUUUGGUUCACCGAGAAUGUUUUUGUAACAAGUGUUACGUAGUGUUUAAAAAUGGUAUACGAAUCUCUACCACGCACGGUUCGUAUCCUUUUGCUUGGUGAACCUGGAGUAGGAAAAACUUCCUUAAUUCUUUCUUUAGUGACAGAAGAAUUCACUGACCAUGUUCCACCGAAAGCUGAAGAGAUUACGAUACCCGCCGAUGUUACACCUGAGCAAGUACCUACUAACAUUGUAGAUGUUUGUGUUGCUGAACAGUCCUUAGUACAAGUUGGAGAAGAAAUAGAAAAGGCACAUGUGAUAUGCAUAAUUUUUUCAGUAGAUCGUAAAGAGACCCUGAGCAAAAUAGCAUCAUAUUGGUUGCCAUUUGUGAGAGACAACUGCCCAAAUGAUUACAGAAAACCUGUUAUUCUUGUUGGAAACAAGAUAGACUUGAUUGAUUAUUCUGUAAUUGAUAAUAUCUGGGAUAUAGCAGAGGAGUAUCCAGAAGUGGAUAGGUGUAUAGAAUGCUCGGCGAAAACACUUGCUAAUGUAUCGGAAAUGUUUUAUAAUGCACAAAAAGCUGUACUACAUCCUAUAUGCCCAAUAUAUUGUAUUGAAGAACAAGAGUUGACAGAGAAAUGUAAGAAAGCCCUCACAAGAAUAUUCAAAAUCUGUGAUUUGGAUGGAGAUGGCCUGCUGGAUGAUUACGAAGUAACAAUAUUUCAAAGAAAAUGUUUUGAUACACCUUUGCAAUUACAGGUUUUAGAUGAAGUGAAAUCAGUAAUUGCCCAGAACAUAGGUGGUGGAAUUGAAAAUGAUUGUAUAACAGUAAAGGGUUUUAUUUUUUUACAUUGCUUGUUUAUACAAAGAGGAAGAAAUGAGACUACAUGGACAGUGCUUCGUAAAUUUGGAUAUGAUGAGAGUUUAGAGUUGACUCAUACUUAUUUAUAUGCCAAUAUAAAAGUACCUGUAGGAUCUACAUCUGAACUAUCAUAUAAGGGGCAGCAAUUUCUGACACAGCUCUUUGAAAAAUACGAUAAAGAUAAAGAUGGAAUGUUAAAUCCAACAGAAUUAAAAAAUGUGUUCUCAUAUUGCCCACGGAUUCCUUGGCACAAUUUACGGUACACAGUUCCAACUAAUGAAAAGGGUUAUUUAACGCUGCAAGGUUGGAUGUGUCGAUGGACCUUAAUGACUUUAAUGGACUUGCAAAACACUAGUGCCUAUUUAGCCUAUUUGGGGUUUAAUUUUCUUGAAAAUGAAUCACAAAAAGCAGCAAUACAUAUAACACGCGAGAAAAAAGUGGACAUUGCCAAAAAACAAUCUAGUCGCAACGUUUACCAGUGUCACGUUAUCGGCCCAAGGUCGUGUGGGAAGACGUCUAUUUGUAGAAGUUUCCUCGGUAUUGCUCAUAAGAAAAUAAAGCCCCAUGCCAACGAGCGUGGCGACAGUAACCUCAUAGAGAAUUGCUGUAUAAACACAGUGCUGGUGUACGGGCAGGAGAAGUAUCUGGUACUGAAGGAGAUUCCCAUCACUCGCGUUUCGGAUCCAUUGCAGCCCCAUGAGGUGAACUGUGACGUCGCUUGUCUCGUGUAUGAUGUCGCUGCCUCCCGUUCCUUCGAAUAUAUUGCAAGAAUAUACAUAAAAUAUUUCGCAGAGAGUCACAUUCCUGUACUGAUAGUGGGCACAAAAGGAGACGCAUUAAUUGCUCGGCAGGAGUAUAUGUUGCAGCCUGAGGUUUUCUGCAACAAGUAUCAAUUACUUGCACCCCAAUUGUUCAACAUCAAAGAAAACAAACACGACGUGUUUAUGAAACUAGCCACCAUGGCAGCAUUUCCACAUUUGAAGCACUUCACGAGUUUGACCGGCGAGAACUCCUCAUGGUGGAAAGCUGGCAUCGGAGUCGCAGCAGCCACGGUCAUGGGAUUCCUUAUCAUCAAAAUUUUUAGCUUCCAGAGACGAUAAAUAAUAUCUACGCCUAUUUUGCUACUGUACAUAAACUGGUUGUAUUAAAAAUAGUAUUAAUUCUCAAUUAUUGCAAGGGAAUAGUUUCAAGGGAAUUAGUAAUAUAGACCAAAGAGAUAUGAUAAAAUGGAUAGAUAUAUGAUUUGUUUCAGUUUUAAAUAAAAUGCAU